AUGAUUUUAUAUCUCGUGCUGAUAUUUAUUCCAUUUUCAUUAUCUCAAUUUACUUCUCAAACUUAUCCCGAUCCACGUUUGGAUCCUCUUUCGUGUCGUUUGGCAUUGCCAAGUCAAGUUUGUGAUCCAUCAGCAAUUGUAACUGAUGAAGAGAGAACUCGACUUGUUGGAAGAAUUAAUCAACUUCAUGGAAUAACAUCUGGAAUUCGGAAUACUUCACCAGCUUGUUCUUUGCAGCCAGACAGAAAUCUUGAGGUAUUUGAACUUUUAACUUUUUUAAAAAUAACUUUUAUAUGUAAGAUCAGGGAUUUAAUUUCUGGAAAAAAAGUUCCAGAAUUUUUGGCUGGACCACUUUUAUGAAUCUGGUCUCAGGACUAAUUUUUUGGAACUCUACUUCAGUUAUAGUUUUAUGACUAGAAAUCAGUUAUAGAAAAAAAUUUUAAAUAACAAUUAUUUUGACAAUUUUUGGGGUGAGACCAGAAAAAGUUUAUCUCACAAUCAACAUUAAAAUAACUUUUUUCAUUUUUUUCUUCCAGAUAAUUGUUGCAAUAAUCGAUAAAAUCGGAAGUGUUCCUGGUGCUCCGAUUGACAUCGAAAAAUUCGCUAACAAUUUGAAAAGAAGAUAUCAAAAUUUCCAAGAUGUUGGAAUGUGUGAUACAACUGUUCUGAUUGUAAAUUCACGACAAGAUCGACAAGUUUUUACGGUUGCUGGACGAGAUGCAAAAAUCUCAAAGGAAACAUUGAAAUCUGCUUUUGAGCGAAACAUUGGACAUUUCAAAUCUGGUCAUUAUGCAUUGGGUCUCGAAGGAAUGAUUGAAGUUAUUGUUGCCGCAUAUUCAAAUGGACAUAUUGUACAAGUUCCAACUCCAGAUAUCUUCAAACCAACAGAGUUAGUUCAAAACUAAACCUUUGAGAGAUCAAAUCAAUCUGAAUUUUCAGUUUCAUGACACCAUCUUCCGCUUCCGAAACUCAACAAUUCCGCGCUGCCGGUCUUCCAAACUCAGUUCAACCAGCUAAAAAAUCCUUCACCGCUUUGCCAACUGAAAAUGUUGACGAAGAUGACAAAAUCUGGGUUUCAAUUCUUCAACAAGCAAUGUCUCGAUGUGGCCAAAAUGAAGGAGAUUUGGCAAGAAAUGUGAGAGCUGUUGUUGAAGAAGCAAUGAAUAUUUCGUUGAAAUUAAUCUCUGAUCAAAGAUAUAAUAAUAUUGAGGAAGAAGUUGAAACAAAUAAAGAUAUAAUUGGAAGUCGACAAAAAGCAUGGGAUAAUGCUUAUUCCGAAUUUAUUCAACCAAUUUAUGCGAAGUAUCGAAAUAAUGUUUUGAAUGGAGUUGGAGCAUCAACUUGUCCAGUUUCAAAGAAUUUGAAAAGAAGAAGACAUCAUCAAUAA